GAACACAAACCAAAAUGUCUGUGCGGGAGCUGCUGUGACGUACGCCUAUCUGGCGAACUUUCACCCUCAGUGAAAGAGAGAGACAAAAAGAGAGAGAAAGACAGAGGGAGCUGUUGGGACCCGGCUGUAACAACAUAUACAGCCAUAGUUUUAGUUUCAGCUGUUCAGGGCCUGAGCAAUAUAAGAUUACAUUUUAGUCUGGAAAUAAAAAGUAGAACGCAGUAACACAAUGAUUUAUUUACGAGCACUCAGUGAGUGAAAAGUAGACUCGGUUACGGUGUAACUACGAUAUUUUUAAUUUAAUGGGGAGGUUUCCUUGUUCGUAUUAUUGUUGCUUAAUCAAUGGCAACGCUACUUGGAUAGUAACCGAGACUGUAGGCGUAAAUACAUUGGGAAAUAAAAAUAAAAAGACGGGACUAUUUGCAAAGGCUUGGUUUUAAGCGUCUAAUGUAACCUGUUUUUUAUUUUGUAGCAACCACGUUUAAAUGUAAUGCGUUAAAUUGUUUUUCCAAACGAAAGAUGAGGAUGGUGAUGUGGACUUCUUUUGUCUUCACUGUCCUGGAUAUGCGAAAAUGAAUGACGGGACAGUGUCGGUAAAGCUUUUUUUGCUAUUUUUAACGUGUUUUAUUAUUAUUUCAGUCCUGGUAACUACUGCAUUUUUUUAGUAUAACAUAGAGGUAGUUUUGGAAGAUUAACACCUAAAGAGAACUGUAAACUUUUUUUUUUGUAUUUAUUUAUUUAUAUUCUUUUAAGUAUAGUUUACGGUACAUACAAGGGACUUUUUAUGUUUGGUGCUGGAGAUUCCUAACAAAAGUGAAACUGGCCGUGACCGCAUUAGGUGUGUGAAAUAGCGCUUGAUCGACAUCGAUACGAUAGAAUAGAAUCCAUUGUUAUAAGUUUUUUUUUAGCCCAGAUCCUUGUUUGACGGUUUGGUAUUAAUUUGAGUAAUACAACUUAGUUAUAGAACUACAGACCAUUUUUUUUCAUUCAAAAGAAAUCUAAACAAUUCUGUAUUAAAUAGCUGUGAUCCACAAGUCUUUAUCCAUCUGUUGCUAUGGCCCUCGGUUUGGUCUCAAAUAAAUGUGCUCUCUUGGUUGGGAAAUAUGUCCACUUCCUCAUCGGUUUCAGCCUUUUGGGAAAUGUGGUUCAAGCGGAGCACAAUGAAAAUGUGUAUGUUUCAGGGAUUUCCAGUGCUUGUGGAGAUGUUCCAGAGCAAAUCAGGGCACAGAGUGGAAUCAUCACCAGCCCUGGGUGGCCAUUUGAAUAUCCAGAUAGAAUCAACUGCAGUUGGUAUAUUAGAACCAACCCGGGUGAAAUCAUAACUAUCAGUUUUCAGGAUUUUGAAAUCCAGAGCGCUCACAGAUGUAGCUCUGAUUGGAUCUCUAUUGGAACAUACAAAAACCUUGAUGGCUAUCGGGCUUGUGGCUCCUCAAUUCCAGCACCUUACAUAUCUUCCCAGGACCAUGUGUGGAUCAAGUUUCAUUCAGAUGCUAGUGAGACUGGCAAAGGCUUUAGGCUUUCUUACAUAACAGGAAAACCUCAGGAGCCCAGCUGUGACUGGGAUCAGUUUCACUGUGCAAAUGGGAAAUGCAUCCCUGAGACUUGGAAGUGCAACACAAUGGAUGAAUGUGGAGACAACUCAGAUGAAGAGCUAUGUUUGCAGUCCAGCCCCACCGCUGCCUACUUUUUUGAGCCUUGUGCAUUUAACCAGUUCCAGUGUCUUUCACGCUACACCAGAGUUUACACUUGCCUUCCAGAAUCCCUUAAGUGUGAUGGCAACAUUGACUGCCAGGAUUUGGGAGAUGAGAUUGACUGUGAUGUUCCAACAUGUGGGGAGUGGCUCAGAAACUUCUACGGUACCUUCAGCUCUCCCAAUUAUCCUGACUUCUACCCACCUGGGAGCAACUGCACCUGGAUUAUCGACACAGGUGAUCAGCGUAAGGUUAUUUUGCGCUUUACGGAUUUCAAGCUUGACGGUACAGGCUACGGGGACUAUGUUAAAGUGUAUGAUGGUCUGGAAGAGCAUCCCCAUAAGCUUCUGCGUGUCCUGACGGCAUUUGACUCUCGGGCACCGGUUACAGUUGUGUCAUCCUCUGGGCAAAUCCGGAUUCACUUCUAUGUGGAUAAGAUCAAUGCAGCUCGUGGGUUUAAUGCUACUUACCAGGUGGAAGGUUUUUGCUUGCCAUGGGAGAUCCCAUGCGGGGGCAACUGGGGCUGUUACACAGAGCAGCAGCGCUGUGACGGCUACUGGCACUGUCCCAAUGGCAGGGAUGAGGUGAACUGCAGCACAUGCCAAAAGGAUGAGUUCCCAUGCACCAGGAACGGGAUCUGCUACCUCCGCUCAGACCGCUGCAACUACCAAAACCGCUGUCCCAAUGGCUCUGAUGAGAAGAACUGCUUCUUCUGCCAGCCAGGCAACUUCCACUGCAAAAACAACCGGUGCGUGUUCGAGAGCUGGGUCUGCGACUCUCAGGAUGACUGUGGAGACGGCAGCGAUGAGGAGAACUGCCCAGUGAUUGUCCCAACCCGGGUGAUCACCGCAGCUGUUAUUGGGAGUCUCGUCUGUGGUCUGCUCCUUGUUAUAGCACUCGGGUGCACGUGCAAACUUUAUUCGCUGAGGAUGUUUGAGCGAAGGUCAUUCGAAACCCAGCUGUCAAGGGUUGAAGCAGAGCUGCUAAGAAGGGAGGCACCCCCCUCCUACGGCCAACUGAUUGCACAAGGUUUGAUCCCGCCAGUGGAAGAUUUCCCAGUGUGCUCAGCAAGCCAGGCAUCAGUGUUGGAAAACCUCAGACUAGCAGUACGUUCCCAGCUUGGAUUUACUUCAAUCAGACUUCCAAUGUCUGGGAGAAGCAGGAACAUUUGGAGACGCCUCUUCAAUUUCACAGGGUCUCAACGCACUGGUUCCCUGGCUUUAGUCUCUGGUGAUGCAGAGGAUGGCACUGCUGAAAACUGCACAGCCAGAGAGCCUGAAAGGACUGGUGCACACACAAGUCUUCAUCCCUUUGAUUCUGAUGACACUGACGCAGAGAGUGAGAGGCGGGAUGUCCCAGUUGCAUUCGGUGGAGUCUCUGCUUUGCUACCUCAAAAGACCCCACCAACGACCGCAGUGGAGGUUACAGUAGCACCGUCCCGAAGUGCAACAGCUCAGCAGCCAAGCAGGAACAACACAGGAAAUGCAAGAGAAGUUGGAACUGUCGAACCACCCACUGUCGGCCCAGGUAGACAGCAACUAACCAAUGCAUUCAGUCGUGUGACUCAAAGUCUUCGACGGGUAAGCUUCUCUCUCAGAAGAUCCUGUUCAACAAACCCGAACCAAAGCCCUUUACGGCAGCUUGAUCAUGGGAACGGUGGAAGAGAUGAAGACGACGACGUGGAACUGUUGAUUCCUGUUUCUGAUGCAGCCUCAGACAUUGACUUGAACGACUGUGCUAGGCCUUUACUCGAACUUGCCUCAGAACAACAUGGGCAAGGGCCUAUCCACCCUCAUCCUGCAACAUUACACAGAACAAGGCCACCUAGCAGGGAUGGACCUUGUGAACACUGUGGCAUGGUUCAUACUGCUCAGAUACCUGAUGCAUGCUUGGAAGCAAUUGGAAAAAGUGAAACAAGUGAUGAUGAGGCAUUGCUGCUUUGUUAGGUACUAUAUUUAUUAUAGGUACGGUACAAUUUUAGGCAUCUGUUGAAGCUUAAUUUUAUUUUUUUUCUCAGCUUUUAAGAUAAUGUUCAAAACAACAGCUAUGCAGAAGCUGCAUGCAGUUUAAAAUACAGCCCAAGUGCUCCCCAGAAGUGGAUAUUUUAAGUGAAUUUUAUUUUAAGAAAAAGUUCUCUUUUAAAACAAUAUAAAUGUUACCCUGCCAGAUGUCCUCUUACUGAAUGGAGUGGUGGAAUUAGAUCUUUUGAAGACUGCACUUCUGAAUAUUUUUAUACAUAGCAAAAACUUAAAUGCAACCACAGCUCAUGCAGUUAAUCCUAUAUAUUUUAGAAAAGGCAUAAAUAAGAACCCAAGAGGUCACACACUGACAUUUAAAAUAACCUGGGGUCUAAACUAUGGUUAAAAGCGGAAACAUUGUGUUUCCUAAUCUUCAUAAUUAAUGGAUUUAUUAUAUUAAUAUGGCUUCAGGCAUUUCUUAAAAUACACCAUCUAUCCUUAAAGGGGAAUGUACAAACAAGGACACUGGCUUACCAUUUAAUGGUACUAUAUUUAAGGAGAUUGAGAUCUGUGAUUACACCCCCACCCCACGUUGGUAUUCGGCUACUUAUAAAAGCUUUUUGAUUUUAAUUAGUAAGGUUAAAGUAUUCAAUUGGACAGAGUGGAAAGGAAUGGUUUGCAAACUCUAAUGUCUAAUCCUGUUAAUGUUAUUUAUGACUUCAUUUUUUUUUUUUUUGUAAAUUAAAUGUUUUGGUACUGAACAUGUGAUUGUAUAUGUAUUUAUUUGUCAUUUGAGAAGCAUGCUGCAAAUUGUCUUGUGCAUUUGUUAUGUGAUAUGCUGUCAUUAAAAAGUAACUUUACUGGAUAUGACAAACAAAAAAACGCUUCUGCUGUUUCCUUAUCAGGGUAUCAAUACUUUUGAAUUAGCAUUUUUGGAGUUUUGCAAAAACAAUUGCUUAAAUAAAUAAUUGUAGACAUCUA